UGUUGUUGUCUGGUAGCAGUUAGCAGUUAGCAGCCGAUCAGAAGGAGACGAUAAAGUGCCGAAAAACUCGAUUUAAACGCUAAAAACAAGAGUGUUUGUAAAAUGAACUGAAUCCAGAUUUAUUUCGGCGCCGCUGUUACUAUUACUUUAACGUUUUUUAACCGUAGGACCGAUGAAUGUUGUUCUGUGAAGCAGUUUAGAGCUCCAGUCUGCGCCGAAGAUGAACGCUCUGGUGGCUCUCUGUCACUUCUGUGAGCUCCACGGUCCUCGGACGUUGUUCUGCACCGAGGCCCUCCACCCCCCGUCCCCGGACCCCUCGUCCCAGGCCGGAGCUCCGGUGUCUGGGGACCGAGACGGAGACCGGGAGGGAGAAGGGCUGACGAUGAGGGCCAACAGCUCAGCCUCGCAGAGGGGAGAGAUGUGUGAGGGUUGUCGGUCUCUUCCUGCGUCUCACCCGGGUUUUGUGAGCAUCGAUGACGAAACGGGCAUCAGAUUUCUGAGCCACCAGCAUCCCAGACAGCCUCAGCUGUUCAGCGUGGUCCGCCAGGCUUGUGUCCGGAGUCUCAGCUGUGAGGUGUGUCCUGGACGUGAAGGACCGAUCUUCUUUGGCGAUGAGCAGCACGGCUUCGUCUUCUCUCACACCUUCUUCAUCAAAGACAGCCUGGCCAGAGGCUUCCAGCGCUGGUACAGCAUCGUCAUGGUGGCCAUGGACCGGAUCUACCUCAUCAACUCGUGGCCGUUCCUGCUGCGACACCUCAGACUCACCAUCCAGAGUCUUCAGAGCACCGCCCUGAAGGUGUUUGACAGCGAGCAGGGCGUUUGUCCUCAGAGAGCUGUGAGGAUGAACAGCGUCUUUUCUCCGGCCGUAUUUCCUCACCAGCGUAGUGGCAACGCUGCCCGAUCCCUCACCUCUCUGACCCAACAUCCCAGCCUCUGGGCCAGCCUGCACUCCUCCUUCAGCUGGCUGCUGAAGGCCUGCGGGAGUCGACUGACGGAGAAACUCCUGGAAGGAGCUCCGACCGAAGACACUCUGGUCCUCAUAGAGAGACAGACAGAGCAGGAGGAGGAGAUGAGCUGCUGGGAGGGAGCAGAGGGAGGCGGGGCCAAGUCACAGCGCCACCAAUCAGAGAGCGGAUUGGGACACGACUUCCUGUGUGAGGACGCAACGUUGUGUGACUUACCUGGGCUGAAGUUUAGGUCACUGAGACACCUGAGACAGGUCCUCGGAGCUGCUGACUUCAGACAGCUAUCGUGGCAUGUCCUGAUGGGAAACCAGGUCAUAUGGAGAGGAGCGGACCCCGGCCUCAUCCAAUCAGCUUUCACCGUGCUCAAGUCUUUGCUGCCGGUCGGCUGUGUCCGCUCGGUUCCCUACAGCGCUCAGUAUGAAGAAGCCUACAAGUGUAACUUCCUGGGUCUGAGGCCAGAUGUUCUGAUUCCAGCUCACGUCAGCUCCUCAGAGUUCUCGGUUCUGGUGGACGUGGUUCUGGACCGGAGCUGUCAGACGUCGGCUGGAGGUGAAGACGACGUGGGUUCUCUGUAUCAGUUCUCCCUCAGCAGUGCAAACACCCAGCCUACCGACAGAGGUCCGACGUUGCUGAACAAGCUGGAAGUGGCUUUAUCCAACGAGAACCUGUCGGUGGACGUUGUGUCUCACUGUCUGCUGUGUCUGAAGGAGGAGUGGAUGAAUAAAGUCAAAGUCCUGUUCAAGUUCUCCAAAGUGGACGGCCGAGGGCGGGAGGACACCCAGAAGGUCCUGGCUCUGCUGGCCACGGGGCCCAGCGAGGAGGACAACGUCCGGCUGCUCAAGUACUGGAUGACCGGCCUGAGCAAAACCUACAAGAGCCACUUAAUGACGGCGGUACGAGGAGGAGAGAGGAGCCCCAGCCAGUGAGGGGAGGAGGGGGGGGGGGGGAGA